AUGGCUCCUACACUGGAUAUCGAGAUCCAAAAUCGGACGCAGUCCAACCAGGUCAUUGCCUAUGUCACGGGCCGGGCACUCGAACACGGCAACCACGUUUGCUUCAUCCAAGCCGACGGGAAGACGCCAUACUUCCCCGAAUCUCCAUCACAGAUCUGUUCUCCAGUUCCCAAAGACUGUGCGAUCAAGCUGGGUGCGCCUGGGACAUCAACCACAGUCACCAUCCCUCAACUUGCCGGAGGACGGAUAUGGUUCUCAAUCGACAAGGAAUUGACAUUCUUCCUCAAUCCAGGUCCUGCAAUUGUCGAACCAUCUAUUAGCAACGCAUCUGAUCCAAAUAUCAACGUCCUCUGGGACUUCUGCGAGUUCACAUUUGCGAACAACCAGAUCUACGCGAACAUCAGCUACGUCGAUUUUGUCAGCUUGUCAGUUGCCUUGACUCUCAUCCCACAAGAUGGCACUCCCCAGAAAGUCCUCGGUCUCAGAGCUAACGGAUUCGCUCAUAUUUGUACCGGAUUAGAGGACCAAAGUCUUAUAGAUGCUAAUAAUUGGCACAAGCUGGUUUUCGAAUCAAAUAGGGAAAAGCUGCGCUGUUUAAGUCCCAAUAACGCCAUUGUGAUAAGUGGUGGAAAUCUGUUUAAGGGUUACUAUGACCCUUACGUGUACGAAGUAUGGGGGAAGUACAACAGAACUCACCUGGAGGUAGACACACAAGCACAAUGGUCGAAACUUAUGGCCAAAGUUGCCAGUAACAAGCUUGAAUUCCCUGACAUUGGAAGUUUCGCCAAGCCACCGACGCAAGAUAUCUUCAGCUGCAGUACAGGCCCGUUCGUCAGCAAUGUUGGAGCAUUGGGUCCAUUGACCGCUCGAAUCAGUGCUGCCUUGAAUCGGCCAACGCUCCACAAUGAGUAUGUCCAUCCCAAUGAUGAGAAAGUUUCAGAUUAUUACAAACACCCAAUCACGAAUCACUAUGCUCGGUUAGUUCAUGAAGCGAAUCUUGAUGGGAGGGGGUACGCAUUUCCGUAUGAUGAUGUAUCGGGGGGGGAAGGAUGUUGAUCAAUCUGGCUUUGUGAAUGGGAACCCCAAAGCAUUUAUUGUGGCAAUAGGAUGAGCCCACUCACCUGAGUUCUAGUGACGGAAGAGAGCAGAAUUUUCUACUGGCCUCGGGCUACUCUGCCACACCUCCAUAUACGGAGGAGACCAAGUGAUUAUACUCCCCAAAUUCGAUUUCAUACAGUUUCUGAAAGUGAUUGAGCGGUUCAAGAUUUAUGAACCCUUCUUUGUC